CAGUCGGAAGCCGCCGGUUAGUGGCUAGAGAGGACCCAGGUGUCCUGGCACAAAGAGGAGUUGGAGUCAUGCAUCUAGCGAGGCGCUUCUGGGGACACGUCUAGCACUGCCACCCUUGCUACCUGCCUCUCCACCCACCCACCAAGGUCCUCGCUACCCUGGUGCCACCAUGCUGCCGUGAGAGUCGGUCAAAAGUAGGGUCCCAGGGCUUGGAGCAGCAUGGGCACCGAGCAUGAAAGCCCAGAGCCGGACUGCCAGAAACAGUUCCAGGCUGCAGUCAGCGUCAUUCAGAACCUACCUAAGAACGGCACUUACCGCCCCUCCUACGAAGAGAUGCUGAGAUUCUACAGCUACUACAAGCAGGCCACUGUGGGGCCCUGCCUGGUCCCCCGGCCUGGGUUCUGGGACCCCAUCGGACGAUAUAAGUGGGAUGCCUGGAACAGCCUGGGCAAGAUGAGCAAGGAGGAGGCCAUGUCCGCCUACAUCACUGAGAUGAAGCUGGUAGCACAGAAGGUGAUCGACACAGUUCCCCUGGGUGAGGUGGCAGAGGACAUGUUUGGUUACUUCGAGCCCCUGUACCAGGUGAUCCCUGACAUGCCAAGGCCCCCGGAGACCUUCCUGAAAAGAGUCACAGGUUCCAAAAAGCAGAUACUUAAUGGAGAUGUUGGGGCUGUUCCAGAGUCACCCUGCCUCCCCAAGGAACCAGUACCCUCAAGCUCAGAGUCUCAGCCACCUAGGGACCUGGACUCUGAGGUUUUCUGUGAUUCCCUGGAGCAGCUGGAGCCUGAGCUGGUUUGGGCAGAACAGGGGGGAGCACCUGAGGGAGAAUCUGAAACCAGAAACAUCCCUGUGGCCCCUGGAGAGAAGGAGGGGCUGGGGGGCAGCCUGCCAGGGCCCCAGGAGUUGGACACGUGGCUGGUGGGGACAGUCCGGGCACUACAGGAGAACAUGCAGGAUGUCCAAAGGAGACUACAGAGCCUGGAGAGUGCACCCCAGCCCCCUAAGCAGGCAGGGAGGUCGGGGUGUGAAGUGCUUCCUACCUGGGAGGCAGGGCAGGAAGGGCCCAUUCCUGCUAUUCCUCUGCUUGGAGAGAAACUGAGCCUAGCUACUAAACCCAAGAGUUGGAAGGGUCACGAUGUGUUUGCUCUGUGCACUGGGGCUGGAGUCCCUUAUUUAAGACUUCUGUUUUCAGAUUUAGCAUUUGCCCCCAAACAGUUCAGUCCUUGAAUGUGCUUCCCCAUCUGCUUGCCCCUUAAAAGGGCUCCUGCAAAAUAAAUAACAGCUGCAUUCCUGGAGCCCCAGCUGUGAGCCAAAUACUUACUUGCAUUCUUUCAUUCAGUCCAUACAGUGACCCUGUAGGAUAGAUUUGCUUUCCGCCUCCCUUCUACAGAGGAGGAAAUUAAGGCUCUGAGAGGUUCAGUAAUUUUCCCAAGGGUACACAGCCUGGGAAAGCCUCAGUGAACUGCUGUGAAAAUUAGAUCAUGCAUGUAUGGGCUUCCUCAGUGCCCAGCACACUGGAAGGCCUUCUCUAGUGAGGCCUAUUGUUAUUAUUACUGUUAUUAUUAAUGUUAAGUGACUGGGAGUGGACCCUAAUCUUUCUCCCCUCAGAGGUGGCAUCCACCAUUAACUCUGAGUGGUUCUGUUCUAGUGAAGCCUGGCAUAGUGAGGGCAGGACAGGGCUCAGUUGCCUGAUAUGGGGGAUCUCUGGGGUGGCCAGCAACCCCUCAGCAUAGUGGGUGUGGGCGUUGGAAGCAAAGAUUUCCUCAGAUUCACAAUGGCUAACUUUUCAGCACUGCCCCUUCUCCACAACAGGCUUGCUUUCU